AUCCAACAGAAGAAGUUUGCGACGUCUGCUGUCGUAAACAACGUCAAGAUGUCUGAAAGAUCAGCUUAUGGCUUAGCCUAAAAAAGACAGGCUUAGUUUUGUUUUCGCUUUACUUUUGCUUUUGUUUCGUUUGGUGACUUGGACAUUGUAUUAGAUGGGGACCAAAAGCUUACCAUGAAACUCCGGGUGCAGAAUGACAGGUUUGUCUUUUAUGUCAAAGGAGUGAUUCCAGAAGAGCACUGAAACUGAGGGAGUCUCCUACUAUAAUGCAGCCUAAUUCAAGUGAGCGGGGCGCUCAUGCAGGAAAUGGUUUAUCCCUUAGUCUGCAACCAGAGCUUCUCACCAGGACACCAGCCCCUGCUGCUGCUGCUGCUGCUGCCGCCGCCAAGCCUGAGAGCAAUGAGGUGCGGGUACCCAUGACCAGCGGGCCUGGGGAGUCCAGUGGAGGCGCAUCUUCCAGGAGGUGCAGAGUCAACUCCCACAGCCACUCCCAAGCUCAGUCACACGGACAUAAUCGGGCUCAGCACCACUCGAACUCGGUGCCUGAGCUUGACCCGCCUGACUCUGAUCUGGACUCUGGAGAACCCAGCACCUCUUUAUCAGAGCUUCGCUGUCUCUUCCGCUGGCUCCAAAAGAGCCUUCCUUUCCUCGUCAUACUGUGUGCUAAACUGGUCAUCCAACAUGCUCUUGGUCUAGCAGUUGGGGUUGGCCUCUUCACAACUUUUCUAUAUGUGAAUAAAAACAUUCAAACUCAAGUCUUUCUUCAGGAUCGUCACUCAAAGCUGCAGUGUGUAUGGCUGCUACUAUUCCUGAUCUCUUCCACCCUCCUGCUUUACUACACCUUUCUCACUGAGACACUUUACCAUUGCCUCAUCUUCCUCAGCCCAACCAUUGAGUCGCUUGGUUUCUGGGAGGUUCUAUGGGCUGUCGGCAUCACCAGUUUCAUAAUAAAGUUCCUCUCUAUGGGGAUGAAGUGCCUUAUUCUGCUGCUGCCAUCUUCACUGGUGACCUACAGAACCCAGGGGCGGUGGCUGAUGCUUACUGAGGAGCUGGGUCAGGUCCACCAGGCCACGGCUCCUGUUCCACUGUGGUUCCGCUACCUGGUCACAUACCAGGAGGCUGACGGCACCCCUGGACUCACACUGGGGGUCCUGCUGGCUUUGCUCUACCUCAUACUGAAGCUUUUAGGAUUUUACGGACAUUGGACGUCUUUACUGAAAACUGUGAGGAUAUUUCUAAAAGGCGAGCAUACAGGAACAGUAGCCACUAGGAGUCAGUGCAGCGAGGCUGGAGACGUCUGCCCCAUUUGUCAGGAAGAGUACAGGGAGCCUCGGGCUCUACUCUGUCAGCACAUAUUCUGUGAUGAAUGCAUCGCUCUGUGGUUUAACCGGGAGAACAGCUGCCCUCUCUGCCGCACUGUGAUCACAGAGAAGGUCUACAAAUGGAGGGACGGAGCCACAUCUCCACACCUGCAGAUUUAUUGAUUGAUAAGUACAGCUGGGGAGCUUUUGGGUGUGCGGAAUUGGUAUUAGCUUGUAUUUAAUAUGUAAUUUUUCUAUGGCUGUCAAAUCUCACUGACUAGUAAUGUUGUACACACUGUUUCAUUAAUCAGCUAAGGGCUGUGCCCCCUGCGGGCCAAGGUCAGUAAGGACACACAACUUGCACCUACAGUAGGCAUGUUUCUGGCUUAUUUACCAGUACAUCCCUCCUUGUCACUAUCACAGACAAGCCCCCAAGUGUUUUUAGAUGUUUCUAUUUUAAGUUGUUUCCUCAUGUGUUGUGUUGCUUUUAUUCACCUUUUAAUCUUAAUAUAAACUGUCCUCAUGGGGUGGCAAAUUGUUCUACUUCCACUGUUUCUUCUACUUGUAAAUAUGGGAACAUCAGAGAAAUAUAUAUAAGUAUUUUAAACAGAUUUUUCCUGUAUCAUACGUUUGAACAAACAUGCAACACAUGAACCCUUUCUUAUCCAGUGUUUCUACAUUUGUGGAAGCAACUUUUCUGAUUUGUAACAAUAAAUGUGUAGAGGUGAGCAGCUGCAUACCUCUGCUCAGGAGUGCUUGCUGAAUCCUGCUUUAGAUGCAUCUUUGAGCUUGAAUGGGUUGGGGGAAAGGUGAGACUGGAGGGCUGACAGCUAGCAUACUGCAAAGGCUUUAGGAAGCCCAGUACACAGUAACAUCACAUGGUCCAGUAAUGACCUUUGCCAGCCUGCAUCCAGGUACUGAAGAUGGACACGGCAGGCUAAAUAAUCAGUUUAUGUGAUGGAUAAACAAUUUGCCUUUUGCUUUCAGCUUUUGGUAACUUUAUUCACAACUGAUGAAAAGGAUGCAGCUGAGCUUGUGAGACUGAUUUACACAUAAAUUAUUUUUCUAUAGGAGGUGACGUGGCCUCAUUUUUGUAAAAACCAAAGACUGGGAAAAACAUCUAUUUUAUUAUGUACGAUCAUUUCACUGUUAUUUUUAUCCAUUUAGAUCCAUAAACUAUCUGAAUAAAGAUCUACAUUUUAA